UGGAGCAUCGUGCGGGGCGACAAGGUCGUCGUCGUCAACGGCCGCCACCGGGGCCAGAGCGGCGUCGUCCAGCACGUGCUGCGCCAGAGCAACCGGCUCAUCGUCGAGGGCGUCAACGUCCGCGACCGCAUGCUCUACGCGCCCGGCGACGAGGAGAAGGUCAAGGUGAAGACGGCGGCGCCCUGCUCCGUGCACUACUCGAACGUGAACCUCGUCUGCCCCGUGACGUCGCUGCCGACGCGCGUCGCGCGCCGCUUCCUCGACGACGGCACGCGCGUCCGCGUCGCCGUGCGAUCCGGCGCGAUCAUCGAGCUGCCCGAGGUCCUCAAGGAGCGGCACACCCCGCGGACGCCGGGCGUGCCGGGGCCCAAGGACACGGACGAGGCCGACGUCCUCGCCGUGACCUACGACCCGGACGCG